AAAUUAAACUGAUAACAAAGACACGGAAAGCAAACUACAAAUAUGAAUGAUGGGGAAGAAAAGUUAUCGCUCAGCGAUUGUCUAACUGUGCUUGUUGAUACAUAUAUUUCACUAGAUUUGAAUAGCUGGCAAAAUAUUAUAGGCUGUUAUGUAGCCUUUUUAUUGAAUAUUAUUCUCAUUAUAAUGAGAUACUUGUAUGUAGAUAGAUAUUCUACAAUUGAAUAUAUUCUGCUGACAUUUAGUAUUCUAAACGUAAUAUAUCUGUGGUGGUGGAGUUAUAAGAUAUAUCAUUUUUUUUCUCAAAAGAAGGAUGAAAUUCCGAAUAACCCAAAUAUUAAUCUAGUUGGUAUAAACUUGCCGUGGUAUACUCGAAAUCGCCUUGGAUAUUUUAUACACCAACAGUAUUAUGAGUUGAGUUAUGACGAACCAUAUAAAGAAGGACAAAAAGUUUGGGAAAUCUGUAUUUGGAAUCCAAAUAAGUUUUCUCUUAAUUUACUCUGUGGAUUCUCACCAGUACAAGUCGGGAUCCUUAUGCUCAUGAAUAAGGGUACUGAAAUAUACAGCAUAAUAUUGGCUGGAUUCUUGGCUUUACAGAUGUAUUUCUAUGCAGAAAAAUUUAUUACACUUGUCCGAGACAAGGAAAUUGUAUUUAGAGAGAUCCAACGUGAAUAUGAUAUGAAAUUUGUUAAACCAAGAUUAUCCCGACGAAAGAAAAAUGUUGAAACUCAAACAAUGUCACAAGAAGAGAUGAUGAAAGAAUUGUUAUGUAUCAAGUCGGAUUAUGAACAUUAUAAGUUUCCGAGGAAAUUCGAUAAUCCGUGGGUUACUAAUUUUGGUACAACAUGAAAGUACGGCACUACAUAUUACAAAUUAAUUUUGGUCGGAAGUUGAUUAAGAUAAUAUUUGAUUUAGACUUUUCAGUAGAAUUUGCGGUAUCCACUUAAAAUAUAUUUUGAGUAUUCAAUAAAAUUGUUAUGAAACGAAAAAUAUUAGAAUAAAUAUUCUCCAUAAAAUUGAUGAUUUAAUUAAGAUAGAUUUAUUGUACACAAAAUUGUACUUCGGAUACCCGGAUACUAAAUCUACGGAUCAUAAUCAAUGAUUUAACGGUACAAACUCUAUAUCACAGAGAGUUGUUCAGAGUUGUUUCAAGAAAUUUUAUGUGAAUGGAUGAAAGUGGAUAUAAAUUUAUAAUAUAUACACCCUUAUUUAAAAAUUUAUUCAGAAAUCAAAGAUGUAGUCAUCAAAAAUAUAAACAAAAGAUGUAAUACAAAUAUAUAAUAAAUAAAAUACAAAGGGAA